AUGUUGGCUAGAGUUGCCCUCGUUCUGUUGGCAUUAAUGGUAGCGGUACAGGCGCAGUACUACGGCGGCUACGGCGGCAGUCCGUAUGGAGGAUACGGCGGGCAGUACGGCGGAUACGGCGGAAGUCCGUAUGGAGGAUACGGCGGUAGUCCCUACGGAGGAUAUGGUGGAUAUGGCGGUGGACCGUACGGAGGAGCACCUUAUGGAGGAAAUCCGGGGUGAGUCUAGUAGAACCGGGGCCUUGUCCUUGCUUUUGGAUUACGGCCUGGCCUGACAGAAUAAGUUGAGGUUCGCAGGGCCUGAGAAAGUCUUGAAGCAUACAUUCAGGCUUACAAGGGAAGUACCCCAAGUGCGACGCUCAGAUCUUCUUUAAAUCUUGCACGCACAUCAGGCAUAAACUAAGCAUCAAUUCUUGAAAGUUUUAACCCGUGCUUUUCAAACGCCACCGAGAUAUUGAACGAUCAUUGACGCCGAGAGAGUACGCUUAACGCGGAGAGAGAGAAAAACGCUUCUUGACCAUAACUUUGGCAGUUUCAUGCGGAAAAAUUUGAUUUUUUGUAGAAACAUUAUCAUUUACGGUAGAAAUAGGCAUGAAACUUUUCGUGCCGAAAUUCGGCAAAAAGUCCUAAAUUUUCGCCGACUUUCGAUCUAAAAAUCUCGGUUGUUACUGCAAAGCGCGAACUCGAAUAUAUUUUAGAAAAAAUUACUCUAAAUUUGUUCCAAGUUUCAUCAAAAUCUGAGCGUCGCACUGGGGGUACUUCCCCUGUUAGAAGAAUCGGCUCCUGGUGUCGAGUUUUUAGCCCGCCUAGUAAUAUUACAAAUCAAUUCUUGAAUUCAAAACACUGUCAUAAUUUCAAGCGCAUAAAAAUCGUACAACCCAAUGCUCAUGAUAACUUUUCAGCGCUAUGGUUGGUUCGAUGGUUGGUGCACAGAUGGGUGCCGCGCUGGCUCGUGGCUAA